AGAGCGACUAGGAGAAGGAACGUUGUCCAUUGUACAGUAGUAGCACGCCAACUCAUGAUACAGCUAUUGCCUUACUCGGCGAACAGUUCUUUGGAAAAUCUGAUUGUUUUUUUUUUUGGUCAGUUUUUAUGAAUGGAGACUGCAGACCUAAGCGCGCAGAAGGGCUCUGGAGAAAAGUGCGGCAUGUCCGCAAAAAGGAGAGCUGAGCUUCGAAGGAGGAAACUGCUGGUGAAUUCGGAGGACAGAAUGAAGCGCAUCAUGGGGUUCAGUAAAACAAGCGACGCGGAUGUCAGUAAUGCAGACAUGCUCAUAACUUCCACAGUUCCCCUGGAGCCUGUGAGGGCUGAGCCGCUGUUGCUCCCCACUUCCACGAGAGUUCCUGUGUUCCCCAGCGAAGCAGAUCUGGGGGGAGACAGCAGCAGGGAGCUCCGGCAAAGACCCCGGGGGGAGGGCCUCUCGGACGGUGCCCCUCGCUCCCCGAGCCAGGGGCACCAGCAGUGCCUGUCCCGCUUUGACGAGGCCAUGAAGCUGCGCAGCCAGCUGGUCAGUGAGGAGCCCGGGCAGGAGGGCGGCUCAGGGGCCGACGAGCUGGACGUCUUCCAUGUGUUCAGACUGGCUGGAAGUGUGCUGCUGGCACUCGCUGUCAGAGCCUUUGUGUGCAAGUAUCUGUCCAUAUUUGCUCCAUUUCUGACUCUUGAGUUGGCGUACAUGGGCCUGUACAAAUAUUUUCCAAAGGGUGAGAAGAAGACGAAAAGGACUGUGCUCACCGCGGCCUUGCUGCUGUCGGGCAUCCCUGCGGAAGUGAUCAGGCGCUCCAUGGAAACCUACAGCAGGAUGGGAGACGUGUUCACUGAUCUCAGUGUCUACUUCUUCACCUUCAUCCUCUGCCACGAAGUCCUGAGCCUCCUGGGCUCAGAAAGCACUUGAUCUGCCUUGUCUCUCCUGUGGAGCACGGAGCACACCCUUUUGAGCUGUCUGCUCCACCCUGGGGUGUUAAAGGGGUUUCUUUCACAGGAAUGACAGGCUUUCUAGUUGUGUGCUCAAUCCCAAUUCGCUCUGAACCCCAGUAGCAGCUGAUCCCUUCCUGCACAAGCUUGUGUCCUGGAAGGCUGGACUAGUCAGUGUUACUCAUUUGUUUGUAUUUCUGCAGGAAGUUGUCCUUUAAUUAAAUGUUUUCAAUGGUCCAGUCUCUGCAGUGUUUUCAUGUUUGAAUGAGUCUCUCUGGAAACUCAAAGGUGGGAUGGUCUGGCUUCAUUUCACUUGUUUGUUAUUUGGGUUCAGUUUUUUCCUUGGAGACUGAUACACCUGUGUACAUGCAUGGUGUAGCGUUCUAGAGCAAUAUAGUGCAGCAAUCAGAAGAUGAGAGGCAUCACUGGCUUAUCUGAAACUGAUUGUCAUCGAUUUCAACAAAACAGCCACCCCCCCCCCCCCCCCCCCCCCCCCCCCCCCCCCCCCACCCCCCCA